AUGGUCUCCCUCAAAUGGGCGUUGACGUUUAUUUUCGUCGUGAGUUUCGGAGUUUUUGUCACGUUUUUCGGAAGAUUACCUGCUCUUCGUCGGACGCCUAUAGGCUUCUUACACCGUCUAAUAUGGAUUCAUAUACCAAAUGUAUUACUGUCAAUAGACAAUAGACUUACCUCCGGGAGGAUAUCCAAAUCUCUAUCUAGAUUCAGUCAUUUCAUGAUGCACGAUCGUCAUCCCACUAUAGUAAUAUUCUUCCUCACUCUCAUGAUUGGCGGAGAAUACCUCUAUCUCCCUUCCGUGUGGCACCGCCUCGGUCUCUUCACCAAGCUCACCGUCACCAUCACCGUCUUCCUGCCCUAUCUCUUUCUCUAUCUCUCCUGUGCCAUUGACCCAGGAUACAUCACCAGAGAAAACCACGCCUACCACAUGAGACUAUACCCGUACGACCACGCAAAUUUCCACCCCGGCGCGGAGUGUAACACCUGCGGGUUCCUCAAACCACCGCGCUCAAAACACUGCAGCGUAUGCAAGCGAUGUAUAGCAAAGGCAGACCACCACUGCAUCUUCAUCAACUCGUGCGUGGGUUACGGCAACCAGCACUGGUUCAUACUGCUUCUUGUAUCGACGGCUAUUCUAUGCACAUAUGGUGGUCUUCUCGGCGCCUCGCUGCUAUCGUCGUCGAUUAAGGAACAUUUUGUGCAGUGGUCGCCCUGGUCGCCGAGAAAGCAUGGCUGGGGCAUGUACGUGGUAAUUUGGGGUUGGGGGAUCCAGACGAAUAUCGGCCUCGGUAUAACUGCUCUGCUGGCUGGCUUGACUGCACCUUUGGUUUGGGGUCUCCUCAUAUAUACAAUGUAUCUUGUGUACUGCGGUACAACGACAAACGAAUCGUUCAAGUGGUCCGUGUACAAGGAUGACAUGGAGGAUGGGUACGCGUUCCGCCGCCGUAUGCCUUUGAAGAGAGAAAGAGAUCCCGUCAGAGAGCCCAUCUGCCCUAGGUGGCCGGUUGAGCCGGAGAUGGUUCUUGCGGCAACUGAGGAUGGGAAACCUCCGCCAGCGCACAUGGCGUUGGCUGGUGAAGGCGAGUGGGAGCGUGUGUGGAAGUUGCGGGAUGUGGAAAACUUGUAUGACUUGGGAUUUUGGGAUAAUAUGGGAGAUAUUUUCGUGGUAGACUACGGGUUUGGCACAAGCGCAGAUGAACCUCCAGUGGAAAGGGGGACGCGUAGAAGACGUACAAAGAAUAAGUAA